AUGAGGAGCGGCGCGUGUCUCUUCUGCUCUUCUGUGCUCUUCAUCAUCAUCUUCUGCUCUUCUGUGGAAAGCUAUCCAAGUCCACUGACAGAUUGUGAUGAUUAUGGAGGUUAUGUUCAGGGCUCGGCUCUGUUAAGCUCUCUGUGUGGUGUGCAGUGGAGGAAUCAGGAUCAGGAGCAGAUCCAGAAUGUCUUCAAGAGGUUUCUCUUCCACUACUCUAAAGCACACAACACAGUGGGAUCCGUGGAGAGAGAGUCUCACUCGGUUCAUCCGCUCAUGCGUCUCUCGCCGAAGCUGUCUCUGCGCAGGAAGAAGCAGCAGAUGAAGAAGGUCUGUGGCUCGUCUAGAAGACGCCUUCGAGACGUGCUCUGUUCGUAUCUGGGAUUCUGAGCAGUUCAAGCUACACAACACCAGCAGAUCUGAUUAAACGCUCUCCUAAUGAACCAAGCUGAUGCCUGAUGCUUGCGGUUCAGUGUGUGUGAACCAGCCUGGAUGAUGUCUUAUUAAUAUAGAAGAUGACUGUGAGGUGUGUGUGGUGACACAGAAGACAUUAACACACACUCCAGCGUUUCUACAAGUCUUCAAACUCAGAAAUCUUACAAAAUAAAGACUGAAAACAUCUUCAAUCAGAGCAGAACCAAUAGAUUUAUAAAGUCGUGGCAUUAAAUGUUGAAUGCAAUGCAAAACAAUCUCUUCAUCAGUGUUUUUGUCUUGUUCUUGCUCAGAUCGAGACACACAUUUAACACACGAAGUCUUGCUUUCUGAAAACCUGCAGGAUUAAACACAACACAUCUCUGUCAGUGGGGCAUACAUCUGUUCUGGUUUAAUCACAAACUCAGAAAUUCUCAGAAAACAAGACUUCUUAUCUUGCCAUGUUUAGUGUCUCUGUAGGAAUCUCAAACAAAAUCCCUAAUUGAAGCACUUUAUCUAGUUUCUGAAUGAGGAACUGAU